AUGCCAUGCAGAAUUCGAGAAACGCUCGUGCGUGCGAGAAUUGCAGGAAGAGCAAAAGCCGAUGCAUAUUCCACGGCCAGCAGGCCACUUGUCAGAGAUGUGAACGGAUCGGCAGUCAGUGUGAUGUUCGGACGUCCACCCGCUACCACAAUCACAAGUUCUUCUGCCAUUUCCAGUAAUCCAGAGUUUUCCCUCGGCCUCCCGCUUUUACAGUGUCCGCACGAUUUACUAAAGGAUGUGAUGGCACUUAGUAGCCAUCACAAGAACCUCUUUGGAGUUGAUGACUUUCCAGAAUCCAAGAUAACCGCAGAGGUUUCUCCAUCCGCUCAAAACCGUCUGCCACCACUCCCGCAGCGCAAACUUACCCUCAAGGAUGCUGAACGACUUCUAACUGCUUUUCAAAAAAUAUCGGCUUUUUUCCCUUUUGUACAGGUCGCGGAAGAAGCCACCGUCCCAUCGUUAUCCAGAACGUCUCCAUUUCUGCUUCUAGCAAUCCUUACAACCGCGUCAUUCACCUGUCCACAAGUAUGCCAUCAACUGGAUCAUGAAUUUAAGCGCGUCCUUAGCUCCAAGGUGAUUGUUGAGGGACGGAAGAGUCUUGAUCUCUUGCAAGGGCUGCUUGUAUAUAUCGCCUGGUACCCACUCUAUGUGAAUCCAAAAAAAAAUCAAUCGUUCAUGUACAUGAACAUCGCCACCAGUCUAGUGACUGAUCUCGGGCUCGACCGAGAACUCCCUAAUUUGAGCGGUUUCAGUACUAUUAGCACAGAGGGUCUCAUAGAUGGGUGCGAGUUUACGCAAGCAGCCCGACAUGCCUAUCUUGGAGCUUACUACUUGUCAACCGCUUUGUCCAUGGGUUUUCAGAAGCCAAAUAACCUUCCGUACCGGAACCUGAUGGAUAUCCACAUCCAAACCCCAACAAAAGACGAGAACACAGCAGUUGUUUACUCUCUAAUUAAACUACAACGUCUUACUGAGCGAAUUUCCGAAGUCUAUGAAACAAAAACCUGGGCAGCGGACCCACACACGGGCGCUUUCCAUGCCGAGCUCAAUAUCCAAAUUUUCUUAAACGAGCUUCAAGAAUGGAGGAAUUCUACAUCUGAUGAAAUUAGGAAUUUGCCAUUCAACGGUCUUGCCGAACGAUUCAUCGACGUAGCUAUAUACGGCCACGAGCUUGGGUUUCUGAGCCGAUCAUACCGAAAUUCCUUGAACCAACCGGAUAGAAUAGCACCAACAAUAACGCCUCACCUUCCCAAUUGCCUAGCUGCAUCGAAAAUAUUCUUCGAAUAUCUUCUCUCUCUUCCCGAAUCGAGCUUUAAGAGUUUCACGACAGUACAAGGAGCAUUAAUGGUCCAAGCCAUCCUCAUCCUCUCGCGCCUAACCUUUCUCAUGGCGUCAAGCCUAGGAUGGGAUGCAAAUACAACACGGGCGAAUAUUCCUCUGGUGAUGUAUCUCGACUGUCUAUGCUACCGCUUCCAACAAUUAUCAUCUACUAUACCUAAGGACUCGGAAAUCCCUGAGAAUCCAGAUCUCUUUUACGUCUUUCGGAUGAUUCUGGGGAGUGUUAAGAAGUCAUAUGAGCAACGGGUGGCAGACAUUCAAACUCGUUCGUUCGCUGUUGAUCAUGGAAAUGCCGUGGUUACUUCGAGGGGGCAUUGCCCAAUCCGGGAUCCGAGUCUCGGCCCCCUUUUCACAUCCGUAGAGGAUUCUAUGUAUGGCGAUUCGUUCAGUCUAAAUCCUAGCGAAUAUUCGGGGGUGGCUUUUGGCUCGACCCAAACCCCGUACCAUGAUCUUUGGGCGACAAUGUCCUGCUCUUGGGCCAACGAGUUCAGCGAGUAG